AUGGAAGUUGAAGUUGGGAUUCAAAAGCAGAUCCCCAGUCUCCUGUCGCAGUUCAAAAGAAGAAGAAUAUCUAUGGACGGUGUCGAUGCAUUCUUGUCUUGCCAGGUUUUGCAUGAAGUUGAGAAAUAUUUACCAAAUCUGAGAUGUUCUGAUUACUAUACUGAGCCAUGCUUGAGUGAGUUGGCUGUUAGGGAAUUGAUGAAUCCUGGUUACUGCAGCAAGGUCCAAGACUUUGUUGUUGGGAGGGUUGGUUAUGGAUGUGUGAUGUUUAUUGGGGAGACGGAUGUUAGAUGCUUGGAUUUGGACAGCAUUGUUAAGUUCAAUAGAUGUGAAGUGGUCGUAUAUGAGGAUGAACAUUCCAAACCCUUGGUUGGUCAGGGUCUUAACAAACCAGCUGAAGUAACAUUACUACUUAAAGCAAAAUCUCCAAAUAAUAUGACUGACGAUCAGUUAAAAGAAGUUGUGGAUAAAUUGAAGUGCAAGACUGAGAGGCAGGGGGCAAAAUUUAUUUCCUUCGAUCCAGUUCAUGGUGAAUGGAAAUUUUUAGUACAACAUUUUAGCAGAUUUGGUCUGGGUGAGGAAGACGAAGAGGAUAUUUUAAUGGAUGAUGCAACUCCAGAGGCUCAAGAUGCUAUGGAAAUGAAUGAUAGUGAUGUGUCAGAUAUUGAUGGUCAAAUCGUGCCCAUAAACACUCCACUUUCACAUUCACUCCCUGCUCAUCUUGGUCUCAAUCCAGCCAGGAUGAAAGAUUUGAGGAUGUUGCUGUUUUCCGGGGAAGUAGAUGAGGUAGAAGGUGUCAGUAGCAUGGUUUCACCUGACAAGGAUAAUUUUUCAAAAGAAACAUCAAGAUCACCAUUGAAUCACUCAUCUAGGAAAGCUGUUAAUAAGACAAGUGCACUUCUUACUCGCAGGACUCCACUAGCUUUAAAAGAGUAUAAUCCAGGGAGUUUCAGCUCUAGCUCGCCAGGAGCUAUUUUGAUGGCUCAGCAGAAUAGAGGUCUCCAGCUGAAAGCAGCGAAAUCUGAAGGUUUUGAGCUGGAGCUCAAGAGCGACACACCAGUAACUGGCAGUCAUUCUCGGAACAUAGUUGAUGCCGCAUUGUUUAUGGGUAGAUCUUUUCGAGUAGGCUGGGGCCCUAAUGGAGUUCUUGUGCAUUCUGGUAUGCCCGUUGGAAGCAAUCAGCCUAGAACUGUAUUGUCCUCUGUGAUUCAUCUUGAAAAGGUCGCAAUAGACAACGUGACAAGAGAUGAGAGCAAUAAAGUAAAGGAGGAACUUACCGAUUUCUGUUUCAGUUCACCCCUCAGUCUUCAUAAGGAAUUAAGCCAGGAAACAAAAAGAAUUGAACUUGGAACCUUUGAGCUGAAACUUCGAAGGCUUGUUUGCGACCGCUUGACGCUUCCGGAUAUUUGUCGGAGAUAUAUAGACAUCAUCGAGAGGCAACUCGAGGUGCCCAGUCUGUCUUCUGGUUGUCGUGUUUUUUUUAUGCACCAAGUACUUAUUUGGGAACUAAUUAAAGUUCUCUUUUCGUCAAGGAAAAUAUCUGACAAGUUGAAGCUGUUGGAUGAUGAGGAGGAGGACAUGAUGGCAAGUUAUCCCAAUGUUGAUGAGGAAGCCCUUCCACUUGUCAGGAGAGCGGAAUUUAGUUAUUGGCUGCAAGAGAGUGUUCACCACCGUGUACAAGAGGAAGUUAGUUCCAUUGAUGAGUUGAGUGAUUUGGAACAUAUAUUUUUGCUUCUUACUGGCCGGCAGCUUGAUGCUGCUGUUGAACUUGCUGCUUCCAGAGGGGACGUGAGACUAUCUUGUCUUUUGAGCCAGUCUGGAGGGUCGACAGCAAAUCGUGUUGAUAUUGCCCAUCAGCUUGACCUCUGGAGGAAAAAUGGGCUUGAUUUUAGUUUUAUUGAGGAGGAUAGGGUGAGGCUAUUUGAAUUACUUGCUGGAAACAUACAUGAAGCCUUGCAUAGUGUAAAAAUCGACUGGAAGAGGUUCCUAGGACUGUUGAUGUGGUAUCAUCUUCCGCCUGAUGUUUCGUUACCUGUUAUUUUUAAUACCUAUCAGAAGCUCCUUAAUGAAGGAAAUGCUCCAUAUCCUGAUCCAGUUUACAUCGACGAAGGACCAAUAGAGGGUAUGAGCAAUUCGGUUGUUAAUGAUCGGUUUGACCUGGCAUAUUAUCUUAUGCUUCUCCACGCAAGAGAAGAAAAUGAUUUUGGUGCUUUGAAGACCAUGUUCAGUGCCUUCGCCUCUACAAAUGACCCGCUUGACUAUCACAUGAUUUGGCAUCAGCGUUCUGUUUUAGAGGCCAUUGGCACUUUCAGUUCCAAUGAUCUUCAUGUUCUGGACAUGGCAUAUGUUUCUCAGUUGCUGUGCCUCGGGCAGUGUCAUUGGGCCAUCUAUGUCGUUCUUCAUAUGCCUCAUCGUGAAGAUUAUCCCUACUUGCAAACUACAGUUAUAAGGGAAAUCCUAUUGCAAUACUGUGAAGUUUGGAGUACUCAGGAUUCACAGUGGGAGAUUAUUGAGAAUCUUGGUAUUCCAUCAGCAUGGUUGCAUGAAGCCCUGGCAAUAUAUUACAAUUAUAUUGGUGACUUCCCCAAAGCUUUAGAACACUUCCUUGAAUGUUCAAACUGGCAAAGGGCGCACACGAUCUUCUUGACUUCAGUUGCCCAUUCUCUGUUUUUAUCAGCAAAGCAUUCAGAGAUUUGGAAGCUUGCAACAUCCAUGGAAGAUUACCAGUCUGAAAUCGAAGACUGGGACCUUGGGGCUGGCAUUUAUAUUUCGUUUUACUUGUUAAGAAAUUCCUUUCAGGAAGACGGCAACACCAUGACUGAACUGGAAACUCUUGAGAACAAAAAUACUGCAUGUGCCGACUUUAUUGGUCACCUAAACAAGUCUCUGGCAGUUUGGGGCAGCAAAUUACCACUUGAUGCAAGAGUUGUGUACUCGAAGAUGGCCGAGGAAAUCUCGAGUCUGCUUCUUUCUGACAGUGGUGAGGGCUCGAAUGGUGAUGUUCAGCUGAGGUGUUUUGACACCGUUUUCAACUCGCCCAUGCCUGAAGAUGUUCGCUCGUACCAUUUACAGGAUGCCGUUUCGCUUUUUGCGUCUUGUCUUUCUUAG